UUCUGACUAUAUUCGUAUAUAAAAUGGAUUUUCUCCGAUAUUUUCCUCGUCCCCAAAAUAAAAUCGAUAAUUUUUGGUUCUCAACUUCGUUGAAGAUCCCGCUUGAGUUCUAUAACAUCAAGGCAUCCGAUCGGAGCAACAAACAGAAAUCGGAGUGAAAAUGAGGAGGAGACCUGGCAUUGGAGGCUUACAGACAGCCGCGGCGGCGAGGGACCAAUACCGCCAGCUGGGUGAAAAUGUAGCGAAGCUCAGAACCGAUAUGAUGAAGGAGCAGCUCUCCACCUUUCGAUCUCAGUUAGAGGAUUUCGCUCGCAAACACAAGAAAGAUAUCGGUAAGAACCCGGCUUUCAGAUCCCAGUUCCAUGAAAUGUGUGCUAAAGUUGGUGUAGAUCCCUUGGCCUCAAACAAGGGGUUUUGGGCAGAGCUAUUAGGCAUUGGUGAUUUCUAUUACGAGAUUGGAGUGCAAAUUGUUGACAUUUGCUUGUCUACAAGACCCCACAAUGGAGGUUUGAUCAGUUUACAAGAGCUGUGUACUUUGCUUCGGCAGAGACGAAAAAGUGAUCGUGAAGCUGUUUCUGAGGAUGACUGCCUGCGAGCUAUAAGUAAACUGAAGAUAUUGGGAAGUGGUUUUGAAGUAAUUACUGUUGGCAAGAAAAAACUUGUUCGGUCUGUUCCAACCGAGUUGAACAAAGAUCACAAUGAAAUUCUUGAGCUUGCUCAGGCCCAAGGCUAUGUAACUGUUGAUGAGGUAGAGAGACGACUUUCUUGGACAUCUGGUCGUGCAGUUGAUGCCCUCGAUACUCUACUGGAUGAAGGUCUUUCGAUGAUUGAUGAUGGCCACCGUGAUGGUAGACGUCGCUAUUGGUUUCCUUGUGUUUCUCCUAUCUCAUCUUCUCUCCCUACUGAUGCCUAACAUGAUAAUUUUAAAGAACAAGUACUAUGUAGUUUAUGGUACGAUAGAAUCACAAAGCAUGUAUCCUAUGCUUUUUGUAUCAAUGCUAUUGUUUGUCAUUUCCCCUUUGUUCUAUUUAUUUAUUUUAGUUGAACCUUGAUGAACAAUGCGUAAAGGAAAAAACACGUCUGCAAAUAACAAAACAUCAUAUAUAGUUUACGUUUGAAGAUAUUUCAAA